CGUGAUUCCAAGCGAUCUAACGCCCACCCACUCACUACCAGUUCUUUACCAAAACACCUCAACACUCAGCUGCACUUCUUGGUCCGAGUUGCCUUUCACCCAACCCCUCUCAUUCAUUUCCAACGAUUUAAUCUUAUAGCAUCUUCAAAUAUCUUUUGUUCCUUACCUGACAAAUCAAUUCAACCGCGAGCUUUUUCUAGGGGGCUCGUCGCCAUGUCGCCGCCUGAUCAGAAUCUCGUCAGAUUACACUACACCCCCCACUUAUGAACGACAAUACGGUGGCACCUGGCUCACCGCAGCUGGGUGCGCCAAAACUGGGGGACUUUUCCAAGCUCAGUGCUGCAUGGACGACUCUGCUUGGGUCUGGAAAAUCUUCCAGCAACUGUUCGCAACCUUCUGAGAAACCAACGCAACAGUGCCAACACAAACAAGAACCCCGAGAAACCCGGGAAGAGCAACAUGAACGCUGUAACAAUGGCCACCUAGGAUCGGGAUCUGACGAGGAUGUCAACCCGGUGGCAUUUAUACCUCGUGAUUUCCUUGCCAAUUUUGAUUUUUCCAAGCUUGACGCUUCCAGCCUCACAACACCAAAGAAGCAGGAGAAACUAGUGUCUUUGUCGCCAUCCAGGGAGGAGAUUUAUUCAACCACCUCGAGCCCCUUAUCAGACGCCUCGCUGGGUUGCUUCAGCCCCUCAUUUGCAGACGAGGAACACUCUACUGCUCCCUCUUCUCCUCAACUCGACCGUCCUUUUCAGCAGGAAUUGGAAGAGAUUAUAAUCCUGUCAACUGAAUCAGCAACACCAAAACCACCGAAGAAACAGAAGGGUCGUAAGCAUGCACGUCAACGCCAGCCUGUUUCUGGACCAUUUGAAAUACCGCCCAAUCUUCGCAAAUUCUAUGUCGAGGAGCUGGCCAAGGCCGAAAGGUUUUUGGCAGAGAACGAAUGCUUCAUCGAGCCAUUGCAGCGCUUGAACUACAGCACUGUGCAUGCUGGUCAGUCAAAGUACUCACGUGGCUUUGCGGGAGAGAAGAAGGCACCUUGGUUCUGUCCCAUACCUUUUCCUCCUUUGUCGCGACAGAACUUCGACUGGAAUGAGUUUUGGGAAUCACCUCACCCGCUCCUAUCGACCAAUACAGGCUGCAUAAAUCCUGUGUAUAUCUCGACCAAUGAUGCCAAGUGUAGACUUAUUCUUGGACGACUUGGAAUCGAGUUCACCAAGGAUGCUUUGCUCGGAGCCCCCAAUGACGAUACGAACAAAGGCGUUCAUAUCUUCGUAGACAUGUCCAACAUUGUCAUAGGCUUUCAAGACCAGCUCAAGCGGCUGCGCGGCAUUAACGUCAACACCAGACUGGCCGAGCCACCCUUUUUAUUUCAAGGCUUGGCUUUGAUACUGGAACGAGGCCGUGCUGUUGCUAAACGUGUAGUAGCAGGGUCCACAAGCAACCCUCAUGAACCACUCACCUGGCCGCUUUACUUGAAUGAAGCCAGAAACCUUGGAUAUGAAAUGAAUAUCCUUCACCGAGUCAUCAAGCCGCUCAUACAGCGGCAUCCUGGUCGAGGACCAAAGCAGUUCCGAAACACCAGUGACUUUUGGGCAUCAUCGGCCAUAAACUCCUCCGAGGAUGAACUCGAGGCCCAGAUCCAGCUCGAAUACUCCGUCGGCCUUCGAAAGAAGGGCGAGCAGGCUGUGGACGAAAUUCUACACCUGAAGAUGUGUGAGAGCAUCAUCGAUUCGGAGCCGAGCACCAUGGUUUUGGCAACCGGGGAUGGAGCCGCGGCGGAGUUCUCUGCUGGCUUUGUGGCACAGGCAGAGCGCGCCCUAGCCAAGGGCUGGCAUAUAGAGCUAGUCACUUGGAAGGGCAACAUCUCUUCGGCAUGGCAGCGUCUUUUCGACGCCAAGAAGUGGCAGAAUCAGCUCCGGCUCAUUCACUUGGAUUGGUACGCGGAAGAGCUGCUGGCCGGGAUCAGGGAAUCCUGAGUGACUCAACGCAUUGUCGCUCUUAUACAGAUUUGGUGGUUUUUUUCGCGUGUUUUCUUUCUCUUUGCGGCCUGUCAUUUCUUCUCUUGUGGCCACCAAUCAUGUUAUUUCCUUCUAAAGUUUUUGCAAUACUUUGUACAGCUUUCAAUACAUAUUCGCGCAAGGUAAUCUAGAGUCAAACCGAGCGAAGAGGGCGUUUGGGAAUUUGGGGAUGCUUUAUUAGUAGAGCAUUGGCGAUUGCACUCUAUGGGAGCUGUGGGCCUCUGAGCCUGCAAUAUUGAUUGGCGUUGUCUUUUCUGCUUUCUAAAAUGUUCAGGAGCACAAUGUUGCUUCUUUUUCAUCUCAAACCUCGAACUAGACACUGGACGAAUUGGGUGCCAUUCUGGGUAUGUGCGUCGAUAUCAUAUGAACGGGGACGGACUACUGGAACGAAGCUUCAGCGAUAUGAAGUGUAAACGGAUGGUAUGGUCAGGAAUCGCUCGGCUACAGAAGGGAGAAGACACUGAGUUUCUCGAGAGAGUGGGGAACGGGGAUUAGACCUGUGAGCCUUUUAUUUACUUGGCACAUCAGUGUAUUUUUUUUUUUUUUUUUUUUUUGCUUUGUAUGUCUGUUCAGACGUAGACCGUUAUCAAGAGAAUCUAACAACCACAAAAUAUCAUGCCGG